AUGCAUUCUACAACCGGUCAAACAUCAUCAACAGUAUCAUCAUCUUCAAAUUCUACAUCAUCAGUAUCAUCAUCAUCUAAAACAACAACUAAUAUUGAACAAUAUCAUUAUCCACCUAUAUCAACACUUCGUCGACCGAGUCGACCAAGUAAUAUUGAUUUAUCUGUAUUUGAUGUAAAUAAUAGUCAGCAAUCCAAUGAUCCUGGUAUAUAUUCAGCACCAAUAUGUCAUUUAAAACAAAGUCAUAAUACAAAUCAACAUCAUCCACAUCAUAUACAACAAUCAUCAUUAAUUUUAUCACCUCAUCCACAUACGGCUACAUUUCAUUAUCAACCACAACAUAUUCAAUUGUCUUCUCAUCAUCAUCAACAGCAACAACAGCAACAUAAUAUUCAUCAAUAUCAACAACAAACUCAUCAUCAUCAUCAUCAACAACAACAACAACAACAACAUCUGCUAGAUCCUUUUUCUCAACAUCAACAUACACCUCAUACAUUUCCAUUGCAAACAUCAUCAAAUCAUUAUCAGCAUUAUUUUCAUUUUCCACCAUCAACACAACAUCUUGGAACAACAAACAAUUCAACACCACCAACAUAUAAUCAAUUAACAUUACAAGCUAAUGUAACAAGUAAUGGUCAUCAUUCACCAUUAAAUCAUCGUUCAAAUUCUGUAGUAUCAUCAUCAACAACAAAUACAAGUCAACCAUCAACACCCACGCACAAUAAUCGUUUACUUGCUGUACAAAUUCAAGAACAACAACAAUGGUCUAAUCCAGUUUUAAGUCCAUUUAUGGUUAAACGAAUGAAUGAAGGAGGAAAUGUUGUUACAUCAAUGAAUAUUGAUGAUGAUGAAGAUCCAUCAGCUUCUAUAGAUGCUCUUGUUGCUGAUGUUGAUUCAAAUUCACAUGAUUUACUGGAUGAUCAACAAAAUAAAUCUGUCGAUGAAAAUAAAACAACAUCAACAACACCAUUAAAUGAAUCUCGAGCAAGUACAACAUCACCAUCAUCACAUUUAUAUCUUCGUAGUACAUCACAUAUAUUAACAACACCACCAAAUCCACUUGCAUCAAAUGAUCAUCCAGAUAAUCAAUUAACAGUUGGAAAUAAUUUUCAAAAAACCUUUAGUCCUAUACAUAGUGCAGGUUUUGAAUUACCAACAAAUCAUAAUGUAAAAAUAUCAUCAUCAACAACAACAAGAACAUCAUUUUUUACAUUUGAUGCAAAUGUUCUUAAAGAAAAUGAUUUAAAAAGUCGUUUAAAUGAUGAAAAUAAAGAAGAUAAUCAAGAUCAAAUGACUGAACCAUUAAUUAUAAAUACAGAUGAACGAUUAAAUAUAAUGUCAACUAAUAGUUUAAAUCAAGAUGAUAAUAGUAAUCAUAGUUCGACUAAUAGUAAUAGUCAAAAUACAUCAUCAAGAACUCGUCAGAUUUUACAAUCAUCAGGAGAAAAAAGCCGAUUAUCUUCUUCAUCAACUGAUGUUAAAGUAUCACCAUUAGGUUCAACAAAUAAUAAUAAUAAAUCUCAAACAACAAUGUCUUCAUUAUCACCUCAACAACAACAAACAAAUCGACAUUAUUGUGGUUAUCCGGAUUGUGCUAAAAUAUUUUCUAAUAAAAGUGCAUUAGCUAAACAUAAACUUACACAUUGUCAAGAUCGAAAACAUAAAUGUUCAAAAUGUAAUAAAGGUUUUAAACGACUUGAUCAUCUUCAUGGUCAUAUGUUAACACAUGAAGAAGAAAAACCUCAUAAAUGUCGUGUACCAGAUUGUAAUCGAACUUAUUGUGAUGCUCGAUCAUUAAAACGACAUAUUGAAAAUGCUCAUCAAAAUAUCUUAGCUGCUAUACAUCAAGGUGGACAUGAUGAAUAUAGAAAUUUUUUACCUGAAACAGCAUCUGUUAAAACAAAAGAAUUAAGUAGUGAUUUUUCAAUUGAUUCAAUUGAUCAUAAUUCACCUCAUUCAUCAUCUAUGGAUAAUGAACCAACAUUUCAUAUGACUCAACAAAUUCGAUCAACAAAUGGACAUAAAAUAAUACCAACAUAUACAUUUGAUGAAGAAAAAUGUGUUGAAUGUCAUAUUUGUAGAAAAAGUUUUAAAAAUGGUGCAGCACUUAAUGGUCAUAUGCGUUUACAUGGCGGAUUUAAUGAUAAACAAGCAUCACCAUCAUCAAUUGAAAAUAUACCGAAAAAAAAACGUUCAACACAUCCAAUAAAUAAUGAACGUCGUCAUACAAAACGUAAACGACCUAAUUCUCCUUCAACAUCAAAUGAUUCAAAUCUACAAUCAUCAAUACAAUGUACAAUGUCAAUUAAAAAUGAAGAAGAAGAUAUUAUUAUGAUACCAUCAACAUCAAAUACAAAUAAUAAUCUUUAUCAACAAACAAUGUAUCAAACAACAUUACCACCAUGUUCAGAUGUAUUACAUCAUCGUUCGUAUGAUCGAAUACCAUCAUUACGUACACGUUCAAUAUCAUCAUCUGU